AAGGGUGUGAGCAUUGUCCAGGUGACGAACAGCAGCCCCGGCCUCUGGGAGAUCACUGACACGCGGGACCAGGCCACCAAGUCGGCGCCCGCAGUCAUUGAGUGCCGCAGGAAGGGCCCCGCCCAGAGCAGCAUGGAUAGCACCUCCGACGAGGUCAUGCAGAUCGACGUGGUGGUGGAGGAGCCCUCGGAUCCAGAGGCUGCCCAACUGGUCACGUGGCAGGUGGAGUACCCGGGGGCAGUCACUUCUGACUUGGGCAUCUCCGAGAUCUACGUGAGCCCCAAGGAGCAGCUUGGCAUCGUCCCACUGGCCACGGAAGCUGAGGUACUCAACACAGCAGUGCUCACUGGGAAGACCGUGGCUGUGCCCGUGCGCGUGGUGGCGGUGGAGGAAGACGGUUCUGUGGUGGAGGUUCGGGGCGCUGUGGAGUGCUGGUCCUCAGACGAUGAUGUCAUCAAGGUGUCCGACAGCUGUGACUCUGUGUUCCUCAACGGGAAGGAGAUGCGGGGCCGCGUGCGGGCCACCGUGCACUUCCGCCACCACGGCCUGAGCCGGGCGCUGGAGCUGACUGUCUGGGCACCGCGGCUGCCACUGCUCAUCGAGGUCUCCGACCCAGAGCUCAACCAGAUCAAGGGCUGGCGGGUGCCCGUUGUGGCCAGCAAAAGGCCAGGCCAGGACCAGGAGGAGGAGGAGGAGGAAGAGGAACAGCAGCAACACAGGGCUCGGGGCUGUGCCCUGCAGUACCAGCGGGCCCUUGUGCGCGUCCUCACGCAGUUCUCGGCAGAGGCAGCAGAUCCUGGGGCGCCCCCCGCACACCUGCUGGGUCCCGACUGGCAGGUGGACGUCACGGAGCUGGUCGGGGGUUCGAUACAGGUGGAAGAGCCACGUGUCGCCACCCUCCAGCAGGGGCCAGUCCUGGUGGGCCGGGAGCUAGGCAUGACCACGCUGCAGGUCCUGUCCCCUCUGUCGGAUGCCAUCCUGGCUGAAAGGACCAUCUCGGUGCUAGACGAGAAAGUGGCCGUCACCGACCUGGGAGUGCAGCUGGUGGCGGGUCUCUCGCUGUCACUGCAGCUCAGCCCGGGCAGCAACAGGGCCGUGUUCGCCACAGCUGCAGCUCAGGACCUCCUGCAGAGACCCAAGCAGGAAGCGGCCCUCAGCUGCUGGGUCCAGUUCAGUGAUGGCGCCAUCACGCCUUUGGACAUUUAUGACAGCAAAGACUUCUCCCUGCUGGUCACGUCCCUGGACGAGAAGAUGGUGUCAGUUCGGCAGGACACCAGGUCGCCAUGGCCCGUGGUGGCAGCUGAAGCAGAGGGGCAGGGCUCCCUGGUGAGGGUAGAGCUGGCCAUCAGCGAGCCGUGCCAGAAGUCCAAACGUAGGAGUAUGCUGGCCGCAGGGACGGCCAGCCUCAAGGUCCAGUUUGGUCGGAGUGACUCUCGACCAGACCCCAGUGAGGGCAGGUACAAGGGGGCAGCAGCUCCCCUGGAGGCAGGAGCCGGGGACCGCCGGCCUCGAUGGCCCACACAGGACUGGAGCCGCCCAGGAAGCCCAUCCGCCAGCCACUCGUCCAUGGGCCUCCCAGCCACGCCAAGGACUCCCUUCCUGCAGCGGGAAGACAUAUGGACAUCGUACCCCAUUCCUUCAGGGUCCCCAAGCUUCCCAGCACAGCCAGAGCUGCCCAGAGACCACGGGCCCACAGUAGGCAGUGAGCUGGCCCAGGCUGCCAAGGGGCCAAGCGACCUGGAGGUGGGCAUGUAUGCACUGCUUGGCGUCUUUGGCCUGGCCAUUCUGGUCUUCCUGGCCAACUGCGCCGCCUUCACCCUCAAGUACCGGCACAAGCCAGUCCCCUUCGAGGUCUCAGAAGGGGUGACCCAUGCGCAUGACUGGGUGGGCCUAAGCCAGCGUGUGGAGCUGCUGGGGGACCCUCUGAACUUUACCUCCUGCCCAGAUGAGCAGACCACGGUCCUGGGCAGGGGCCUGGAUGGCGAGGAGAGCAAGUACCUUCUGGCCACCAGCUCCCCCCCCAGUCUCAGCCGGCAUCCAAGCAGGGCCGACAGGAGGGACCGCAGGGCUGAGCCUCCCACUUCGCCCACAUCCAAGCGGAAAAGAGUGACUUUUACCACUUUCAUCUCCUCCUCGCCCGGCGACGGGGAACCAGCCAUGCUGACCUGCGGAGAGGCCCCUGACCACUGGGGCUGCGGGACCAGGGACGAGGGUCUCUGGGAAGGCCAGCACUGCCACCAGGAGCCUCCUCGUGAGGGUGUGUGAGCUGCAGAAACCCAGGGCUGAUUCCACUGUGCAGCGUGGGAGCAGGACCACCAGGGCCCACCCCCUCGACAUGACACGGCGGUGUAGGAUGUAUGCAAGGGAGACGGGUGCAGGCCCCGUCUACACCGCAGUGGGAAGCCUGAAGCCAGGACAGUGUCCUGUGCAGGGUAAUAUGGUGGAGCACUCACCUUUGAGGCAGCUCGCCGGCUCCCGCGUCCAGGCAGCACAAACUGGUCUUUUCCCACAUGGACAGACGGACUGAUGGGGAGGCAUCCACAGCAUAGAAACAUGGUGUCGCCAUGUCCUUCCAUUGCCCCUGGACAAGCCCAGCCCUGCCUUGGGCCACCCCAGUCUCUGCAUCUCUGGCCACCCAAGGACUAGGCUCCUUCCUGGGGGUAUGGGGAUCCAAUAGGGACUGUCUUUGGGGGUCACUAUGUCUUCUCCAUGGAGGUGUGGUUGGCAGAGACCUGGCUACAGGCCCAGUUGAGGGUGGGGCAGAGGCCUUUCUUCACUCUGCACCUCAAGUUGGGGCCUGGGUGGGGUGCAGGACUUCCACAGCAGUGCCCAGUGUCUCUGGUCCUGGCACACAACAGCCUCCCCUCUCUGCCCGGCCAACCCCCUGGAUGAUGUGGGGACCUCCUGGGCUCCCCUCCCCGAACCUCAGCUUCCCUUGGGCAGAAGCUCAGACUAUUGUGAGGGUGCCCAGAAAUCUCCUUGUCCCCCAGAUCUGUGGUCAAGCCAGACCAGCCACACUACAGGGUCGGCCCUGUUGGGACACAGUGGCCACAGGAAAUAGCAUGGGAAUAAGUUGGGUAUAUGGAGACAGGGACAUCUGUAUAAUGGUGACAUGUAUGUAGACUAGGACAUGUGUGUAUAAUGAUGACGUGUGGAGACAAGGAUAUGUGUGAAGACAAUGACAGAUAUGUAUAAUGGUGGUAUGUGUGGAAACAUGUAUGUAGAAAGGGAAGUAUGUGGAGACACUGACAUGCAUAUAAUGGUGGCACUUUGAAACAUGCAUGUAAGUGGGCACAGGUGUAUACCAGAUAUGUGCACAGUGACAGGUUUGGGGACAUGUAUGUAGAUAUGGAGUGUAUAGACAGUAACACAUAUGGAGACAGGAAUGCUAAAAACACGGACGCAUGUGAUGAUGAGACAUGGUGGCUAUGGUAUGUGAUAGUGACCUAUAUGAAAUGAAACAUGUGCACAGACUGUGACUGAUGUGUAUGAAUGGUCAUGUGUGUGGGCAGUGAGACAUAUAGUCAGUAGCAUUCAUAUACACAUGUGUGAAUGGUGCUGUGUAUAUAGAUGGUGACUUGUAUGUAGGUGGUGGCAGACAGGUAGGAACACUGAUGUGUGUAAUCAUGUGUGUAGAAACAGCUGCACACACAUCUAGACAGGGACAUGUAUGCAUAGAGCACAGGUGCAUGAAGCCACAUGUGUGCAGGCAAUAACUUGUGUGGGUGCUGACACAUGGGUUGAUAGUGACAUGUGUGUGAA